UACAUUACUAAUUCCUGUUUUUCAGCAGUUUUAUUAUUAUAGUCAUUUAUUUACCAAGGACACUUCUUUGAAAUCCAAUCUCUGACCUUUGAAUCUAGUAACUCACUCUUCUCUCAAGGUCCUAACAACUAAUUUCUCGUUCAGGAUUAAAUUGGGCUAGUGCUGUUUGCCAUAGGAUUUAACAGUCUGAUUUAAAUACUUGAGCUGAUACAUGGCACGCUACAAUGGGCAGAGUGAGUUUGGACUGGUGGUGCUGCUGCUGGGACCGAAGCUGAGUGGUAAAAGCUCAGUUGGAAAUGUUAUUUUAGGAAGACAAAUUUUUGGCAACACAGAGUACAGCAGCAAAGCAACAGGUUUCAGACAUGGAAAACAGGUGGCAGUAGUGGACAGUCCAGGUUGGUUGUCCAUCUUGCCCUUCUCAGAGCGAGUGUCCCAGGAGCUGCAGAGAAGCCUGUCUCUGUGUGGACAUCAGCCUGAUGUGGUCCUCCUGGUCCUGUCCGUUCUGUCCCCCAUAGGCCCCAUACAGAGGGACGUCAUGGAGAGCCAUCUGAGGAGACUGCACUUCAACAUAUGGGAGAGGGCGAUUAUUAUCUUCACUCACACAGAAGGUUUAGGACAACUCACCAUCCAAGACCACAUCAGGCGAGCGGGCAGAUCUCUGCAGUGUCUUUUGGAUCACUGUGGAAACCGUUACCAUGUCGUUCAAACUCACCAUCGCUACGGUACACCCCAGUCUGAGGUCCAACAGUUGUUUAUGAAGAUGCAGAGGGUCAUUGAAACCACCAGACACCCGGUACAGGGAUAUGUGAACUGGGGCAUGGACAGGAGGCUGGAGAGGAGCAUGCAGGGAAACCAAGAGCAGACUGAGAUGAGACGCAGGCCAAAUCUAAGAAAUGAUUAUCAUUUGAGAGAUGGUGGUACAGAUUUAAGUCUUGAACCAAGACUAUGGAGGUCUGCUGCACCACGGCAACUGCCCAGAGUAUUUUCAUCACGUCAGUCAACUUCAAAGCCUCCUCUCAGCAUUAUUCUUCUCGGUCAAAGGAAAUCAGGGAAGAGCUCAGUUGGAAACUGUGUUUUGGACAAAAAACAAUUCAAAACUGACACCAAAACAUCCUGGAGCACCGUGGGACAGGGACUAGUGUCUGGGAGCUCUGUAACUGUAGUGGACACGCCUGGAUGGAGUCUAUAUGGACAAGCCAAGUCUGAAAAAGUGAUAAAAGAAAUUCAACAAAGCAGGUCAUUAUGUUCAUUUGGCAGUAAAUGUGUGUUUUUGCUAGUCAUACCGAUAGACUCAUUCACAGAAAAGCACAGGGCCAAAGUGGAGAAGUACCUUGGUGUUUUGGGGGACGAUAUUUGGGGCAAGAUGUUGGUUUUGUUUACAUUUGGAGAUGAUCUCAAAGGAAAGUCAAUUGAGAAAUAUAUAACUAAACAAGGACCAUCUCUGCAGUGGGUGAUGGAGAGAUGUGGAUACAGGCACCAAGUCAUUGAAACAAGUGUAAGAUGUGAAGAUCAACGUGAACAACUGAUGGAGAAGAUCUGGGGAAUAAGAUCUGAAGAUUGGCGGUGCAAUUCCAGCUCCCACAGAUGAAUGCUGUUAUUGUGUUCUUUGGCAAGACACUUGCCCUCAGUGUCUGCAUACACUGGUGUAUGAAUGUGUGUGUAAAUGAGUGGCUGGUUCCUUGAUGUAAAGGGCUUUGAGUGCCUUAAAGCUGGAAAAGUGUUAUAUAAAAAUGUGAGAACUAUUAUUGAUUGUAGACUUAUAUAUAUUUAUAUAAUUGCUAAUU